AGCCCCUCCCUUUCCCUACACUGGGCAACGUCAUCGGCGCGCGCCAGGUAGCGGCUUUUUGCCGCGCGCGCUCUCUCUGUGGAAGGCGGCCGCGUCGCGUCACAGCGAGCGCGUCGAGGGAGCGACGGUCGGGUUCCGAGGAUGCUGCUCUUUGGAGUGUAUUGCGCUCGCUUAGGGAUCGUUUCUCAGAAUCAAGGAGUUAGAAGUAAGCUUUCAGAUAAGUGAGGCCCCCGCAGUGUCGCUUUUGGACUCAGAAGGGGAAAUGGAGCUUUCAGGAAUGAAAAAGAAGAGUUUGCUAGGCAUCAAAGAAAAUAAUAAAAAGUCCAGCACUAGGGCUCCCUCGCCUACCAAGCGCAAGGACCGGACUGAAGAAAAAUCCAAGGAUCGGUCCAAGGACAAGCCAGCCACAAAAGAAUCGAGUGAAAAGGAUCGGGGUCGUGACAAAACACGCAAAAGGCGCAGUGCCUCAAGUGGUAGCAGCAGCACCAGGUCCCGGUCUAGUUCCACCUCAAGUUCAGGGUCCAGCUCCAGCACUGGCUCCAGCAGCGGCUCCAGCUCCUCCUCCGCCUCAAGCCGUUCCGGGAGCUCCAGCACUUCUCGCAGCUCCAGCUCCAGCAGCUCCUCUGGCUCUCCGAGCCCGUCUCGGCGCAGGCAUGACAACAGAAGGCGUUCCCGUUCCAAGUCUAAACCACCCAAGAGAGAUGAAAAGGAACGAAAGAGGAGGAGUCCAUCACCCAAACCUACCAAAGUGCAUGUUGGGAGACUCACGAGAAAUGUUACCAAGGAUCACAUCAUGGAAAUUUUUUCCACUUACGGGAAGAUAAAAAUGAUUGACAUGCCAGUCGACAGGCUCAACCCGCACCUCUCCAAGGGUUAUGCGUAUGUAGAAUUUGAGAAUCCAGAUGAUGCAGAGAAGGCACUGAAGCACAUGGAUGGAGGACAGAUUGAUGGUCAGGAGAUCACUGCCACCGCUGUCCUGGCUCCGCGGCCUAGGCCAGCUCCCAGGCGUUUCUCUCCUCCGAGGAGAAUGUUGCCACCUCCACCCAUGUGGCGUCGUUCACCGCCUCGCAUGAGGAGAAGGUCUAGGUCUCCCCGGCGCAGAUCUCCAGUUCGCAGGCGGUCCAGAUCCAGAUCUCCAGGCCGAAGGCGUCACCGCAGUCGCUCCAGUUCUAACUCUUCCCGAUAAAACACAAAACCUGGCUGUUUUUUCUUUUAACUUAAAUCCCCUUCAGCUUACAUUUUUACCUUUUUAAAUAAAGGAAUGGGAACAGAGCAAAUGGAACGCUGAGAAACUGGUAACGAAGGGUUGGACAGCUUAGCCCUUACGGGGGUUUAAACUUCCUUGCAUUGAACUAAUGUGCUUGUAAAACAUGGCUUUGGUUCCAGGUUCUCAACAAGAUAUUUUGUGUCUUAGAUGCCAAAUCUGUCCUCUUUGAGUCCAGAGAGUUGUUGCUCCAGAUUUACCAAAAUGCUUAGGAAACACCAAAAACUAAAGUUGAAAUUGUUGCAAGUAAGAUACCAUUUUGGAAUGUCAGAAUGUUCCUCCUGGCUGCCCCAGUAUAAAUGCAAAUUAUUCUCUUUCCCCAAAUUAGCUCCUGCCUAUGAGAAUAUUAGGGAUUGGGAAUCUUCUGACACAGCCCAUGUAAAGUUCUUGCACAGGAACACAAACGCUUCUGGUCAUCUCAUAUGGCCUGUUGUGUGCUUCAAACCAACCCGAGAAUAUGAAAAUCUAGUUUUUUUCUAAGGCUCCUCUUCCUUUUGACAAAUGUUUUUGGUGCAUAUUUCACACACCCACUCCUUCCAGGACCGAUGGAAAUCCUUUUGCUUUCAAAAAAUGAUAAAACCCCCGAGAUCUCUCCCCAAAGAGAUGGUGGUUUGAGACAGACCAAUUGGGGCAACUUGGGCUCUGUUCGCAAAAAGGCGAGCGAUUUACAGCCUACUGUACAGUCAUUACUAUAAAGUUUGAUUUUUGUACAACUUUGUAGCAUCUUGUAGUCACGUUUUGUUUGUACUUGUGUAGAAUGACAAGACUGAAUAAACCAAUAAGGUUGAGAGCAAA